CGGAGGCCGGAGACGCGGCGGCGCCGGAGGCUGCGCGGGGCGCGGAGCGGGCGGGAGCGCGAGGCCGGCGGCGGUAGGAGAGCGGCCCGGGCGGCCUGGGAGCCGGGCCUCGCAGCACCGAGCGGCCGCCUGAGCCGCUGCAGGAGAUUCUCAGCCCGGUCUUUGAGAUGAUGGGAUUGGGAAACGGGCGUCGGAGCAUGAAGUCGCCGCCCCUCGUGCUGGCUGCCCUGGUGGCCUGUAUCAUUGUCCUGGGCUUCAACUACUGGAUUGCGAGCUCUCGGAGCGUGGAUCUCCAGACGCGCAUCGUGGAGCUGGAAGGCAGGGUCCGCAGGGCGGCAGCGGAGCGAGGGGCCGUGGAGAUGAAGAAGAACGAGUUCCAGGGGGAGCUGGAAAAGCAGCGGGAACAGCUGGACAAAAUUCAGUCCAGCCACAACUUUCAGAUGGAGAGCGUCAACAAGUUACACCAGGAUGAAAAGGCAGUUUUAGUGAAUAACAUCACCACAAGCGAGAGGCUCAUCAGAAUCUUGCAAGACCAGUUAAAGGCCCUGCAGAAGAAUUACGGCAGGCUGCAGCAGGAUGUCCUUCAGUUUCAGAAGAACCAGACCAACCUGGAGAGGAAGUUCUCCUACGACCUGAACCAGUGCAUCAAUCAGAUGAAAGAGGUGAAGGAGCAGUGUGAAGAGCGAAUAGAAGAAGUCACCAAAAAGGGAAAUGAGGCUGUAGCUUCCAGAGACCUGAGUGAACAAAAGGACCAAAGCCAGCAGCUCCGAGCCGCCAGUGAGCCCCAGCCCAGGCCGCAGGAAGCAGGCCUGCCCCAGGCAGAGGUGCCACAAGCAAGAGGGAACAUGCCCAGCAACAGCGAGCCCCAGACACCAGUCCCCAGUUCUGAGGUGGCUUUGGAUUUAAAGAAACAAGGCGAGAAAGAGGGAACCAAGGAGAUGCAGGUCGCCAGCAAGGAGGAGCUUCAGAGGGACAGCCUGGGGCUGCUGAAGGAGCCAGGGCGAGAGCAGAAUGCGGAAGAAGACAGACGUGUGGGCGGAAAAGGCCAUGGAGAACCCGGAGAAGUGGGCCACACCCCACAGGUGCCAGCUGCCCUGUUGGCAAGCCAGGAGAAUCAGGAGAUGGAGGACCCUGAGCGGGACCAGCUCGUCAUCCCCGACGGGCAAGAGGAGGAGCAGGAGGCCGACGAGGAAGGGAGAAACCAGCAAAAACUGGGAGCAGAUGAUGACUACAACAUGGAUGAAAAUGAGGCAGAAUCUGAAACAGACAAGCAGGCAGCCCUUGCCGGGAAUGACAGAAACGGAAAUGGUAUUUCAUGAGAAGAUCAACACCAGAAAUAGAACACAGGUUCUCUUUCAAGUACGGCAGCAGUAGGAUUCUACCGUGGAAGUAACUUCUGACGUGAAGGAGACCCACCGCACUUACAGAGCUCCUUGUCCUCAGUUCCCUCUGGAGUCAUUCUCUUCUCCACAUGCUGUGCUGAGUGACGGGUACCAGCCCCUGGUAUUUCUCCUCAGUGGGCACUGAAUGAUUUUUGGUUUAUCCUCCUGUACCCACCUCUGGUUCUGACAAUCAGUGGCCUAGAGCACUGAGUGUUAACACAAACAUCACUAGCAACGGUGUUAAACAAGUCUAAACACAAAGGUGUUUUGUGCGAUAAUUUUUUAAGAGAUUACUUGUAUAAUAACCCUUGUCAUUAAUGUACAAAAUGCUUUUAAGUGACUUGUAAUUUGAAUACUUGUGAUCUAUACUUGACUUGCUUAAUAUGUGUGGGCAAAGCAAAAUCUUGUGUAAUAGUCCUUAGACUUUUGUGGAUUAGACUUCUGACACAGCAGGGGCCAAAGCAGAGCUGACCCUGGCUGCCUGCGGCAGAACAGUGAGGGCAGCACAGUACUGUGGGGAGAACUGCCUACUUCGCUACUAGAAGAAAAGAAGAGAAAGCUGAUGUUGAAGGAUAUAUACAUCAUUACAAAUUUGGAAAGAUUAGAAAGUCAAGAGAAAUGCAAUAGUUGUUCGUGUCAGUUUACACAUUUAGCAUGUGGUAAAGGACUAUCACAAAACUGAUUUAAAAAUCAAGUUAAUCUGAAAACGACUAAUCAUAAUUUACAUUAAUAGUGAAGUCAGGUUUGACUUGAGUUGGUUCUUAACAUUUUAAGGUAAAUAGGUUCUUGCCGGGCUUGUGAAUGACUGGCAAAGUCACACUAACGACCUUUAGUGAGGCUCUCUAAAGGGUAGGUGGGUGGUGAUGCUUUAUUAAAAUACAUUUUGAGUCAUGGGAUUUGAGAUGCAGGGGCCUCAGGUCAUUGGACAUAACUAACUCCCUUGUUUACAGAGAAGAAACUGGGGCCCGGAGGAGUUCUGAAGCUUCUCUAGGCCAGCAGCCCGUGAGCUGGAGUGCCUGCGUCACGGCCAGCUGUGGACUCCGGGUGCCACUGGCAGUCACUGAGGGCAGGACCUGGUUUGCAUUCAGGUUAAGAUCUCCAACUUGAAUGCUGUGUGAUAGUCUCCUACCUAAUCACUAAGAUUAAACUUUCUACCCAGAAAAGGCAACUGAAGAAGGGUAUGAAAGUAGCUUUAUAAGAUACUUGUCUAAGUCCUUGUCCAACCUCCCUCUGUGUCUUAGUCUUAGGGUUGAUAGUCUCUCUUGCUUAGCCUUUAUUCAUCUCAUGUUUAAUCAGUGUGCCUAGAGUUGCUGAGAAAUAAAAUACUGUUGUUAGUUCAACUUUUAAAACUGCUUUCAGUUUUCCCUUCAUCCCCUGUUGGAUCCCUAAGGAAUCAGCUUGUAAACUGUGGAUUAAGCAUGGUGGUUUGCCUUAUUAAUUCAACCUUUUGUGGAAUGAGAUGUCAUUGUAAAUUUAAAAAAUCAUGAUUUCAUCUCCUGUACAGAGGCACCAAAAGGCCAUUUGUUCAGGAGGUGUGUACUUUAGCUAUUUCUUCAAGCAGUCAUGCUUUAUUACUGUUGACUUCCCUUGGGAUCACAGACACCUCUUCCAAGGAAUAAUCUAGAGGUGUCACGGUUAUUUAAAAAACAAACAAAACCUGUGUAAUAAGCAUCAAAUAGAUAUCAGACCCCCAACCUUGGUCUUUUGGGUUCAUCCAAAAUUAAACCAGCAGGUAGUCCAAUUUUUAAUAGGUAUAAACUCUAUUUGAUUCACACCCUCCUCUAUACUGUCAGAUGGUGUGUAGACAAGAGUGACGAUUCAUUUGAUCUUUUUUCCUGCAGGUAGGACUGCAGAAGAAAAUUCCCUAAGCAAUUUUGGAUUAGAUUUCAUGAAUUAUCUAAUCACCACACAUAGUAUACCUUUGUGUGAUAGAAUUUGAGAAAUAAAUCAUUAUCUGUUAAGUCAGUAUGCUGUCAUUAAAUAACUAGAUUGAUAACUAGCCUGAUGAUAGUUUUUAUUGGUAAUAGGUGGCUGUCUAUUCAUAGUAGAACUUGGAAUGGUGUAAGAGAAUUGUGAUUUCAGGGUCCUUUAAGGUCCAGGGGGAAUUGGUCUAUUCCCACUAUGUAUUUUAGCCUAAAAUAUUAUUAUAAAUAAUAAAUGAUAGUUUAUAGGACACUCAACCAACUUCUAACACUUGUCUUUGAAAUAAGU